UGCUGUUCCGCCUCGCAGACGGACGGACGGACGGAGUGCGCUCGCUCUCAGUGCGCCUCGGCUGCUGUGCGCUCCUGCCGCGUCUUUUCUCUCUCCAUUUCUGUGAGCGUGCGCGUGCGCCAACCCCCCCCCCCCCCCCACCUUCCCUGUCCUCUCCUGUCCGGUCCGGCUCGGGGUGUCGGGGUGGAGGUAUGUAGCACCGGAUCGACCGCGCCGAGCAGCAUGUAGCACCUGGAGCAGCGCGCGCAUCGCCUCCCUGCUCCUGCCGCCGCUCCUCUCCCUCCCGGAGCGGUCACUUCUCCUCCCGGGGAGGGGGAAAGCAUCGCCCGCACGAGGAUUUUCGGGGAUUUUUUUGGGGGUGGGUGGGGGGAUUUAUUUAUUUUAGAGGGGUGUUUGUUCGCCGCCGCCGCUCUGCGCCUCUCGGUCGAUGGUCGUUGAGGAAGCUUCCAUCUUGAGUCCCGCGUCUACCGAGAGAACCAUGGCGAGCGACUCCCCUGCGCGGAGUCUGGACGAGAUAGACCUGUCUGCACUACGGGACCCAGCUGGAAUCUUUGAGCUGGUCGAACUGUACGGGAUGGGAAGCAGCGGAGGCUCCAAGUCUUCCUUCACACCGUUCGUAGAUCCGAGGGUGUACGGGACCUCCCCGACUGACGACGACGAUAACAUCUCUGCCUCAGCGCUGUUUGCUGACGAGAUGCUGAAGCAGGAGCAGGAGCAGGCGAGGCUCAACGAAGCCCGGAAGAUCUCUGUGGUCAACGUCAACCCGACCAACAUCAGGCCGCACAGCGACACGCCUGAGAUCCGCAAAUACAAGAAACGCUUCAACUCUGAGAUCCUGUGUGCAGCUCUCUGGGGAGUGAAUCUGCUGGUGGGGACGGAGAACGGACUGAUGCUGCUGGAUCGAAGUGGUCAAGGCAAAGUUUACAACCUGAUCAAUCGACGGCGCUUCCAACAGAUGGACGUCCUGGAGGGACUCAACGUCCUGGUCACCAUCUCAGGAAAGAAGAACAAGUUGCGUGUUUACUACCUGUCCUGGCUGAGGAACAGGAUAUUACACAACGAUCCUGAAGUGGAGAAGAAACAGGGCUGGAUCACUGUUGGAGAGCUGGAGGGCUGCGUGCACUACAAAGUCGUGAAGUACGAGAGGAUAAAGUUUCUGGUGAUUGCUCUGAAGAACUCAGUGGAGAUCUACGCCUGGGCUCCGAAACCUUAUCACAAGUUUAUGGCCUUCAAGUCGUUCACUGACCUGCAGCAUCGCCCUCAGCUUGUUGACCUGACGGUGGAGGAGGGGCAGAGGUUAAAGGUCAUCUAUGGCUCCAGUGUUGGCUUCCAUGUCAUCGAUGUGGACUCUGGAAACCCCUACGACAUCUACAUCCCCUCACAUAUUCAGGGUCAGGUGACCCCGCACGCCAUUGUGGUUCUCCCCAAGACGGACGGCAUGGAGAUGCUGCUGUGCUACGAGGACGAGGGCGUCUACGUCAACACCUACGGACGCAUCACCAAAGACGUGGUGCUGCAGUGGGGCGAGAUGCCCACCUCCGUCGCCUACAUCCACUCCAACCAGAUCAUGGGCUGGGGAGAGAAGGCCAUUGAGAUCCGCUCCGUGGAGACGGGACACCUCGACGGAGUUUUCAUGCACAAGCGAGCUCAGCGACUGAAGUUCCUGUCAGAGAGGAACGACAAGGUUUUCUUCGCCUCGGUGCGAUCUGGAGGCAGCAGCCAAGUCUUCUUCAUGACCCUGAACAGAAGCUCCAUGAUGAAUUGGUAACCUUUCUCCUUCGACCCAAAACCCUCCUCUUCUUCACUCUGAACAUCGCCCGACAUCAGGAGAGAGGGAUGGCAGGAGGACAGCGUGUGUGUGUGUUUACGAUGUGUGUGCGUGUGUGUGUUUGUGGUGGAAAAAGCCGCCGAGUGGACGAUCAAGCAACUUGAAGAGUUGACCCACAGGAGUGAGCCACCCCCCGUACGGACAGCGUCCGCCCGUAGGCGGCGCUGCAGGCCCCACGGAUGGUGUGACUGCCUGCUGGUCAAAGGUGACUCCGCUCACCGACGGCGGCAGACGCCUUCGCCUUCCCUGUGGACCGUUGGAUUGGGCUGAUGGUUGCUCUCGAGGUACUUUAAAGGACGCUGACAUCAUGCCGAGUAGCCUUUGACCUCCCCGUCGGAUCGAAUGGGGAGCCGCGGAGAAGUUCUCUGUGUAGCACAUUAACCAUUUCUUACAGGGUGUUCACACUGCGAGUACGACUCGUCGUUCGACUGACGUGUGCUGAAGCCAAUCAGACGUCUUUUGGUGUUUUCGUGAGUAAGGUAGCAUCAACGGAGGGAGAAAACUUGACUUUGCAUUGAUCAAAAAAGUGGGUGCAACCGUUUUUUUAGAGGAGCUUAAGUGAAAGUUUCUCGAAGUAAAAGCAACCUGGAGCCGACCAAAAUGUGCAUCCACACUAAACCGGCUAAAGAUUUCCCGCCAGUUUGGUCCUGUGUCCACACUAAGCUGUUUUUUCUCUCACAAACAUUUUAGCUUUUUGAAAACAAAGUAAAUAAACCAAUAAUCAAUCUUUCGCUUUUUGGAAAACAACUUAGCCUGAUUAGACAAAGCAGCUUUCCAACACAUUAUCAUUUUUAAUUUUUUUUGCACAAUUAAAAUAUCUGCUGCCACAAAUAGAUUGUCUGUUUUUUGGGGUUAAAUUGCUUAUUAGGUGCGUUAUUGAAAUACAUACUGUUCAGUUAUCCAUUACAUAAGUGCAGGAGCGCAGAGUGUACGUUAGUGCUUCAGGAGUUUUCUAGUUUCUUUUUGUCAUAUUUGUGUAGAUUUAGUUUACUCUAGAGGGAUCAGUUUGCAUAAAUUGUUAGAAAAUGUACACAAACAUAGAAAUUGUUGAUAAAUAUACAAAUGCAGCUUGACAAGAGUUAGUGCAUUUACAUACCUAAUACAGACAUCGGGAUUUUGAAAAAAAAAAUUAAAAUCUUUAAAAAAAAAGCAACAAAACAAACAACCCACACUACCUAGAUACCCAAGACUAAAUCAAAGGAUCCUACAUUCAGAUAAUGACAAAUAAAUAAGUAAAUAAAAUGGCAUUACAGUGUUGUUUUCUCCAAAUAUUGAAUAAACUAUUUCCAUCAAAUGAUUAAAUAAUUUGCCCUGCUCAUUUCUAAUCUCAGAGAGUACUGAUAACAAAGCCACUGAUAAUAAUAAAGCCACAAUUUAACAUUAUACAGAUGCUUCUAUAAUUACACAACAUUAGCUGACAUGAGAAAGUUUUCGUCUUUGAGCAGACGUGAAGUCUGAUGUCUCUGAAAUAUUAAAUUUAAUAGUUUGUGGCUCAGGCUCAAUUCUUGAAUCGAAAAAUUUCUUAAACAAUGUGGAAAAAGUUGCAUUAAUAUGUCUGCAGACUGCAUAUUUAACAGUUGGAAUAUUUUACACUUACUUAUGUUAAAUCUGUGCAGAUUUAGUGGCUAUAAAAGCUGCACCGUGCUUUACAUUUGGCCCCUGAGUGUGGACACAGUCUGAAUCCGCCUUAAAUCACUCUGAGGCCGCUGGUCAAAUAUUAAAUUUAGAUAAUAUACUCGCUGCUCCUUGUUGCUGUUAUCAUCUAACCCACAUCUGAUAGUGAUGACUGAAUCUCAGCGGAUGUUUUCUGGACUAACAUCUUGUAGCAAAAAUCUUAAGCGUGCGCUCUGUGCGGAUGUUUUUAGAGAAUUUGUCGACCCAGAGCCGACCGUGGCGGGUUUCCAUUACAGAUUUGUACAAAACUGAAGCGACAUUUUCGAAUGUGGAUAAAACACAACGGCGUUGAACUCCAGUUAGUGAUGUUCUUCUCAUCCAUCGAUCUGAUCAACAGAUUAAUCAUCCAACCCACGAGUCACAAACUGCAGUCACAAACCUCCAAAUUUAGAGAGGGGACACACAUGGGCACCUUUUAAAGAAAACAAAAG